UACUAGAGGAGCUUAGGAGAUUCUGUUAUCUACUGGAGUCGUGGUUCUACAUUAUUGGGCCCCUCUUUCUCUCCUCAUCCUCUUACUUUUUUUCCUUCAGUUUUGUCGGGAAAUCUUUUCCUUUCUUUCCCGGUUUUAUCCCAGAAAACCCCCAAAAAUAAGAGAAAAAAAAAAAAAUCAAAUUCCCAGGUAGUGGGAUCAAAAGAACAAAACCAUGGCUUCAUCUGAUUUAAACUCUCCUAUUGUGGCAGAAUUAGAGGCUGCUUACCAUUGGAAGACUGCCCAAUUCUUUGUUACUAAAAGACCCUGGCUUGAUCUGUAUGGGGUUAGGGUUAGUCCAGUGGCAGCAUUUGGAAGUGUUAGUAACACAGCUUCUUCUCUUGAUCCUGCACUUAUUCACCGCGUUCUUCCUGAUGAGUUGCUUCAUGAGAUCUUUGCAAGAUUGCCUUCUUAUCAUUUGGGAAGAGCUGCUUGCGUUUGCCGCAAAUGGAGAUAUGCCAUACGCAACCCUAUUUUUUGGCGCAUCGCAUGCUUGAAAGCAUGGCAGCUUUCUGGAGUGGUGUACAAUUACCAGAUUUUGCAUUCAAAAUAUGACGGCUCAUGGAGAAAAAUGUGGCUCUCGAGACCGAGAGUGCGAACUGAUGGCAUUUAUGUGAGCAGGAAUACUUAUAUACGUGCUGGAAUCGCUGAAUGGAGGGUUUCAAAUCCAGUACACUUGGUAUGCUAUUACCGAUACAUCAAGUUUUACCCCUCUGGAAGAUUUUUGUACAAGAAUUCAUCUCAAAAACUUAAAGAUGUUGCUAAGAUUAUGAACUUUCGAGCAUCUAAAGCAGAGUGUAUUUAUCGUGGACAAUACACAUUGUCCGAUGACAAGGUUGAAGCUGCGCUUCUGUACCCGGGGUUGAGGCCUACUGUUUUGAGGAUACGCUUAAGGCUGAGAGGGACAACAGCUGGAGCUAAUAACAGAAUGGAUUUGGUCUCCCUCGUCACCAGUGGUGUUAACGAUAAUGAGGCAAACCAUGAGGAAGACAUGCUUGAUGUAGUCGAAGGAUGGCAGGAUGAUGAGACACACAAUCCUGAUGUGCCUGCAGUCUCACACAGCAGGGGCUUAACUCCUUUUGUCUUUGUUCCUUUUGAGGAGGUGGAAACAUCAGUUGUGAAUCUUCCAGUGGAUAAGAUGGAUUUCUUUGUACCCGACUAAUACCCUAUUGGAAGACGCUUGUUGUAUGAUCAAUGUAUGGCACAAUAAGUUCCGGCCUCUGGUUUCCACCACUCGUGUUGUAAAUAUGUACUGUUAUAGUUUUAAACUUUUAUGUUCCGCUUUAGGUUUAAACAAAAGUUAAACAUCUUGUUGAUUCGCACCCAGCAGGGCCAGCACUGACAUCGUCUUAUGGAAUGUUAAGCGACUGUUGUGUACUACUACUACUUAUGUAUAAUGUAUACUGCAAGGAGAUUAAGGAAACCAGCGAAUAUUAAUAAUAAUAAUGUGUUUUCAAUUACAA